AUGGUCGACUUCACCCUCUCCCCCAGCGAAACCGCCACCCGCGACGCCGCCCGCGCCUUCGCCUCCACCCACCUGCGCACCGCCAAAUCCCUCUACGCCGCCAUCCCGCCAUCCCACCCAGCCGACCGCUUCCGCGCGCUGCUCCCCAUCUACGAAGCAGCCGUCGCGGGCGGGCUGAUCAAGGGCAUGGUGCCGCGCGAGCUGGGCGGCGCGAUGGGCAGCCUGGUCGAGAUGUGCAUCUGCGUCGAAGAGUGCUACGCGGUGGAUGCGACGGCGGCGCUGACGAUUUUCGGGACGGGGUUGGGGUUGGCGCCGUUGGUGAGCGCGUGGAGGGAAGGAUUGGAGGGGUUUUUGGAGCCGUUUUUGAAGGAGGACGACGAGGAGGGGGCGCCGUUGGCGAGUUUGGUGUUUUCGGAGCCGGGGGGUGUGCUCUGGGCCACCAACUCGGCCGGCUGGGACUUCCAAGGCGCCGACCUUGGCUGCGUCGUGUGCCGCUGCACGAACAAAGAAACGGAAGCAAAAGCAACCUGCCCCGAGGAUCUCAUCAUGGUCCUCAUCGUCACGCGUGCCGACAUCCAGCGCAACCCUGGAAGCUUCGAAGUGCUGCGGCACCCAGAAACGGCCGGGCACACGGCAGUGUCAGGACCGCACAUCCGGUACAGUAACCUUCGUGUUCCGCAGAAGAAUCUGCUGUGUGCGCCGGGAACGGGCGUCCCUAUUGUGACGGGGGCAUUCAGGAUGUCCGCGGCCUUGGUGGGUGCUAUGGGGACGGGCAUUGGUCGUGCUGCCUUUGAUGCUGCGCUCGAGUUUGCUAAGUCGGACACGCGCGGUGGCUCGGGGCCCAUUAUUAAGCAUCAGAGCGUGGCUGAUCUGCUCAUUGAUAUCAAGAUGAGGACUGAGACAUCAAGGUACCUAACCUGGAAGGCUGCACAGGCUCUCACCUCCGGGCAGGGCCACGAGCUUGCUGUUGAAGCCAAGAUAUAUUGCUCUGACGCUGCAGUCAAGUCGGCCAUGGACGCCAUCAACCUGGUCGGAGUUUCGGCCUACGACACCUCCCGUCCUUUUGCAGGUUUAUUGAACGAUGCAAUGGUCUUGCCGAUUUUCGAUGGUGGGAAUAUCGGCAUCAGGCGGAGAGAUCUGCAAAGUCUCUUCAUGAGCAAAGAUUACUCACCCUGGAGCGCCAGCAUCAAUUGA